AAGAUUCUUUAUAUCCUAUAUCUUUUCUUACUUAUACAAGUUCACAAUCACUAUGAUUCACAAAAAAGUAGUUAUUAUCGGUGGGGGUAUAUCCGGAGUGAAGGCCGCUAUCGACUUAUAUCAAGCGGGCAUCACCGACACAAUCAUUGUCGAGUCUCGAGAUCGGUUAGGGGGCAGGUUAUGGACAAUCAACUCCGAGAAAACUCGAGGAUUGAAGUUCGACAUGGGUGCACUGUGGUUUCACGACACGUUAAACAACCCACUUUUUGAGCGGGCCAUCAAGAGCAAGAUUGUCAAGUAUCAUUUUGAUGAUGGGAAAUGUCAGUAUGUAAGUCAGGACGAUGGCGAUGUUCCAAGUUGGAAAUUCCAGACCAUUGUUGAUGAAAUGAUGCUGUAUUUCAAGUUGGCUUACGACAAGGAUCCAUCCAAGCCUGAUGUUUCGUUAAAGAGAUUAUGUGAGGAAUAUAUGCAUAAAUACAAGGACCGAUUGACCGAGGAACAAAAGCAAUAUGCCCUUGGUGUUAUUCGUGCCUUGGCCGAGUUAUACCAUGGAGAAACCUGGGAUACCCUUUCAGGAAAGUAUUGUUUUGCUAAUAUGAAUCAACAUGUCGGAAGAAGAGCAUUUGUUGAGAAUGGCUAUUAUAAUGUCUUUCAAACUGUCUUGAAGGAACUCCCUAGAGAGUAUUUGAAUCACAAUGUGAAAUUGAAUGCCCAUGUUGAUAAAAUUGACUAUUCUAAUCCUAGUAAGGUCAUUGUCCAUUUGUUUGACGGCAGGAGUUAUUCAUGUGAUUAUUUGAUUUGUACGAUCCCACAAUCAAUUCUUCAAAUAACCGACCCCAAGGAUCUGUGCUAUUUGAAGUGGGAGCCAACGUUGCCACCUCCCUUACAGAAAGUUCUUCCUGAUAUUCACUUUGGAUCUUUGGGUAAACUAGUGUUUGAAUUUAAUGAAUGUUUCUGGCCAGAAGAUGUGGAAAGAUUCUAUGCUAUUACCAACACCACCAGUAAACCCGACUUACUUGGCGACUUGUCCUUCAAUGCAUGGGACUUCCCUAGUGUCAUUGUCAACUAUCAGGCACUUAUGAGACUUCCCAGUCUUGUAAUCCUCACGCAAAACCCACUCUCCAAAUACAUCGAGAGACUCGCGAAGGAAGACAAACAACAGGACAUCUGGAAAUUGUUCAAACCUGUACUUGAACAAGCCUCGCUUGUCCCUAAGGGCCAUCAAAUUCCUGACCCAGUAGCCAUUUACAAUUCACCUUGGAAUGGAGAAUACUUGACGAGGGGAUCGUACGGAACCACCCCUGUCGGUAUGAACGAUCCCUAUAAAAUCAACCAGAUUCUCAACCAGGGGUUCCAAAAUAGAAUAAGAUUCGCGGGAGCAGAAACUAUGAAUGGUAGUGCUAAUGGAUGUGCUCAUGGUGGAUGGUUUAGUGGAGAACGCGAAGCCAGAUUCAUCAUUGAGAGUGAAAAGAAAGCAAAACUUUAGUAGGACAAUGUAUAUUCGUAGUUAUAA